AUGGACGAAGAUAUUCCCCAGGACGAGUACUUUGAGUGGGAAGACAUCAUAUCAUACAAAGCUGCCACAGCUCCCAGGACGAUGGAGGAUGUGACUCAUUCACCGAUCAAUCUGUUCAAUCGACACUCGAACGAAGAUCUGUACGACAGCGACGUGGAUGCCUCGGUACGUAGCGAGGCUGACAGUAGCAUCAGCUUCGGAGUGUUCAGUUCGGCCGACUCGGUCUCAACACAUACUUCAAUAUCGCACCACGGAAGUGAAGGUUAUUUUGACGAGCAUAGCGACUUUCUUCCUCAAUAUGAGAGCCCGACAAGUUUCCGGAAACAUAUGCUUGCGCCCAAGGGUGUCAUCGACCCUAAAUCGGCUCAACCGGAUCAGAUAGAAAAAAUUGAGCGCGCCGAAGACGACACAGCGAUUAUUGCACCGCCGUCAAAACAUGUAGAUUACCUGUCACAUGACUGGUGUGAAGAAGAUAUUUGGUCAACAUGGAAAUACCUAAAAUCAACCAGACAGGUCUACAAGAAUAGCGAACGAUUGGCCAAUGCAUCAUGGAGAAUGUGGAUGAAGGAAAGGCACCAGUUACCUGAGACGGAACCGCUAGCGAUCAACUGGCAAAAAGAAAGAGAUACCACAUGGCUCUAUGGACCACUUCAGCCGAAGUCAGAGUCGAUGUCUGAUUCUCUUCAGUCAAGCCAGGUGAUUGCUGACUCAAAAAUGCCUGUGAGGCCAAUUUUGAAGAAGCCCAGCUUGUCCGAGACCUUAUUGAGGAAGUCGAUCUCUUGCGCUGCAUUGGCGAGGGAAGCCAAUAUUGCGUCUAAAGAGGCAUUGAAUCUGGUGAGACAUGGAAUUUCACGACAAACCUCUCUACCGGCUCAUCUAUCUAUGAACACAGAGGAGCGAACCAAAGCGUGGCUGGGCUCGCACUCAAAAUUACAUCCCUCAAAGACCCCACCAGCUAAAAGCGUCAGAUUCAGUGAUCAAAUCGAAGAAUCGUCCACGGUCAGCCCAGGUAGUUCAAUUAUCACUAUCGUUGAGAGUAUCUUUGAAGAUUCGGAUGAGGAGGACGACGAAAAUAGCGAUGUAGAGACGUCGCCAAAAUCUCUUGCAACCGCUACUCCGCCUACAGCUGAAAUUGCGUCUCUGGCUCUUGACGAAACGACGGAGGACGACAACGAAAUGGUAUUCAAUUUCGGCGAAUACACGCUUUCGCCUGAAUGCGAAUCCGAGGCUUCAGACGAGUCUACGGGAGAUUAUUUUGGGUCCGAACAGCCUGACAGCCAGGACGUUACGAUGUCGAUUCUUGGAGCAGUACGUGAAGAUUUGGUGGACUCUGUCAUGGAUGAAUUCUGGGCUAUCUUCAACCAAGAAUGGGAUGCCGGGUUCAAGCAGCGUAAUGGAGACUCACGCGGGUCAUCCAACUCCUCUAAUGACAGCACCUCUGCAUCUCGCGCGAACGCCUCAACGGGACGCGUUCAAAGAAAGCGUCAGAGAGGAGAAAGUGAAAACUCUGACGGCGACGAUGCUAGAGACGUCAGGGCCCGUCAGCAGCCCAAAUCAAAAAGAGGUAGUGAGGAUCUCAUCAAAUUUGCUUGCCCAUUUCGCAAGCAUGAUAAUUCAACUUACAACAUCUACACCCACCGAGUAUGUGCUCUUUCAAACUGGCAAACGAUUGCCCGUGUAAAGGAGCAUAUAUACAGGUGCCAUCAAACCCCGCCACAUUGCAAAAGGUGCUGGGCGACAUUUAAGAACCAACAACAGUUGGACACUCACAUCACAGUAGCUUCUGAGGAUAUUUGCGAAGUAAAAGUUGGCACCGCUCCAGAGGGCAUCACAGCAGAAAUCGAGAGGCAGCUCAGAAGUCGAAAGAAGGCACACCCCAACCAGAGUGAGGAAGAUCGGUGGAGAGACAUCUACAAAAUCCUAUUUCCCAAUCACGAGAUUCCUUCACCGUAUUUCGAAGCCGUCCAUACAGAAGGACCAUCUUCUCCAGAUUCCAGGGAGCUUUCAAAUUACGAAGACUACAUCCGUCGCGAACUACCUCGCCUAGUACGCUCCAACAUCGAAUCUGUCGUUCGUCACGAGACUCAACCUUUGGAAGCAGCUUUGAUCGGCAAUUUGGUAUCCAUCAUUCAAGACUGUCAAGAUCGAGUCUUCCGCUCAUAUCGAGAAACCCAAGGCUUCGAUCAUGACAUGACUAGUCCGGUUCUACCAUCAACUACAUCACCAUCAGAAUCACGACUUACCCAGGAGACCCCAGAUUUCAGAGACGAUCUCGACUUCCUCGAUUCAGCAUUUCAUGCCCCAGCAACAAGCAGCACACAAGCAAUGCCAAGUUUCUCGCAAUUCGACUCGCUUCUGCGUCCCGAAGCAUUAAUGUUUUCCGACUCCGGAUACAGCGAACCUAUCUGCUACUGCACCGUGGCAUGCAGCUGCGGAAAGGUUACAGACGAGGCACAAGUCAAGGAUGAAGUGGCAGCAGCCGCUGUGCUAGACCCUGUUCGGCCCUGGAUGGAUUCAAUGUCGCACCCGAACUGGCAACAAGUCGAGCGUGCAGACGACGAGGCUGACUGGUGGAUGAACAUCUGA